CAAAGCGGUGCGUGGGUCUCGGCGCCUGCUGUUGCUCCGAGAAGGGCAAGGGCCGCCUCCCGCCGCGAGGGUCCCCGAGGAGCGGCGGCCGAAGGAGCAGCCGGGCGCCGGGAAAAGCGCCGCUCCAGUCCCUCGCUCGCGCGGGCGCCAGGAAAUGGAUGGAGCCUUUUCUUCAUGUUGAAUAUCUACUUUUCAGACUGAUUGCUAAACUACUAUGGCAGGUCAAAGAGGAAAUCACAUGCACUUCCUAUCCCCCUUGUCUUCUUCCACGGUGAACUGUCAUAAAUCUCCAUCAUGUUCAAGUAAAAUUCAUAGUAUUUGCAUGGUGUCCGACUUUUUUUAUCCAAACAUGGGAGGAGUGGAAAGCCACAUCUACCAAUUGUCACAGUGCCUAAUUGAAAGAGGACACAAAGUUAUCAUUGUCACUCAUGCUUAUGAAGACCGUAAAGGCAUUCGUUACCUCACCAAUGGACUGAAAGUCUAUUAUUUGCCAUUAAGAGUUAUGUACAACCAGUCUACUGCAACAACUCUCUUCCAUAGCCUGCCUCUGCUCAGGUAUAUAUUUGUACGUGAAAGAGUCACCAUUGUCCAUGCCCAUAGUUCAUUUUCUGCUAUGGCUCAUGAUGCCCUGUUCCAUGCCAAGACAAUGCAACUACGGACAGUUUUUACAGACCAUUCCCUUUUUGGAUUUGCUGAUGUUAGUUCGGUGCUUACAAACAAACUCUUGACUGUAUCGCUAUGUGAUACAAACCACAUAAUAUGUGUUUCUUACACUAGCAAGGAAAAUACUGUGUUGAGAGCAGCACUGAAUCCUGAAAUAGUUUCUGUCAUUCCCAAUGCCGUUGAUCCUACUGACUUCACUCCAGAUGUAUCUAGAAGGAACAAAAGCACAAUAACUGUUGUUGUUGUCAGCAGGCUUGUAUAUAGAAAAGGUAUAGAUUUGCUUAGUGGUAUAAUUCCUGAACUUUGUCAGAAGUAUCCAGAUUUACAUUUCUUAGUUGGAGGAGAAGGACCAAAAAGAAUUGUAUUAGAAGAGGUACGGGAAAGAUACCAGCUGCAUGACAGAGUCCGUCUCCUGGGAGCUUUAGAACAUCAGGAUGUUAGAAAUGUCUUGGUUCAGGGACACAUUUUUCUCAACACUUCUCUCACCGAAGCAUUUUGCAUGGCAAUUGUGGAAGCUGCCAGUUGUGGUUUACAGGUGGUGAGUACAAGGGUUGGUGGGAUUCCUGAGGUGCUGCCCGAGAAUUUUAUAAUCUUAUGUGAACCUUCCGUGAAAUCUCUCUGUAAUGGUUUGGAAAAGGCAAUUCGUCAACUGAAGUCGGGAUCGCUUCUGUCUUCAGAAAUAAUACACAACAACGUUAAAACUUUCUAUACUUGGAAGGAUGUUGCAAAGAGAACUGAAAAAGUGUAUGACAGAGUGGCAGGUGAAACUGUAUUACCAAUGGGCAACCGACUUGACAGACUAAUCUCUCACUGUGGCCCAGUGACCGGCUGCAUUUUUGCUCUUUUUGCUGUGCUCAGCUUUCUUUUCCUGAUCCUCUUGAGGUGGCUGACACCAGAUUACCUUAUUGAUGUUGCAAUAAAUGCUACAGGAGAAAACGGGGCAUGGACUCGACAGUAUUUCCCCAAUAAAAACAAAAAAGAGAAGACUUCGUUCUGUUAAAGGUGCUAACAAACAGGACUGCAUUCUCCUAUGGUCUAGCAUUGGCUGUUAGAUUUACAUUUGCCAAGCAAUGUUUUUAUAAAUUAUUGGACAAUUUUUCUUGGUCUUUGGAAAGAAGAUGUUCUACCUCAGAUUAGGAUAGUCUAAAAUGGCUUAGGAUAGUUAUGCUUGCCAAGACCUGCCACAAUAGCUGAUCACAUUUCUUUCAACCUGAAUGAUUUUGUCUAAAUAUGGAGAAUCUCAUUGUGGCAAUUACUGAAAGAAAGACUUGGGUGAAUAGGUGGAAUUUUACUGCUUUCCCUAUUUUUAAUAUCCUUACCUUCCCCCAAGCCUUAAAGAUGAACCUUCUGUUCCAGCACAAACCAAGUGGAGAUCAAAAUUGUAACUCUAGAUGUUAGGUGUGCUUUUUAAGGGUCAGACACCAAUGUGAGACACAGGUCCCAUAGAGGAGAUUGGACUGAAUCUUUCUUUAGGUUUCUUGGGCACUAAUGAACAGUAUGAAAAUAAGCAUAUUUUAAUUUUUGCUUGCUUUCCUGAAUAUACAUUUUAAAAUGUG